CUUGCCAACUAGGAUCCAGUUCUAGAAGUGUAUAAUGCUGUUAAUGUGACUGAAUCACUAUUGCUCCAAAGGAAAAACGGCGUAAGGAAUGUUGCCAGACCAGAUCGGUGGUGAAGUGGACAUAGUGAGAACCCAAUCAUCACUCAGUUCCAGAAAUCCAGGCAAUAAGAAGUCCUCAAGUUAAGAAUACAUUAGUCAACAGCUGAUUUGUUUGUAAAUGCAUCAUAAACAGACAGCCCAGAAUGAAGAAAGCAAGCAGGAGUGUUGGCUCAGUGCCCAAAGUGCCUGGAGUAAAUAAAACUCAAACAACUGAAAAACCCAAACCAGAAAACGGCUCCUCAGUGUCUGCAGUAACAAAACUCCCCAAAACUGGGACAUCAGCAUCUCUUUUGAAGACUAAGAGUAACGAUGACCUCUUAGCGGGGAUGGCUGGUGGUGGUGGAGUGACAAUGACCAAUGGUGUCAAGGCAAAGAAGAGCACUUGCGUAUCAACAGCAUCUUCAGCUUCAGGGACGACCAUGAACAGUCUGGAAAAUAAACCCAAAACUAUUGCAGGUACAAGUUCCACAACUAAGCGCAGCACUUCGUCUGGAAAUAAAGAGUCAAGCUCUUCUAGAGAAAGAAUACGCGAUCGUUCUCGUUUAAGCCAGAGCAAAAAGCUACCUUUGACUGGACAGGGAACCAAUGAUACGGUCCUGGCAAAACGUUCCCGAAGUCGCACCAAUCCAGAAUCGGAUAUUCGAAUGAGUAAGUCCAAAUCAGACAAUCAAAUCAGUGACAAAGCUGCGUUGGAAGCAAAGGUGAAUGAUCUUUUGACAUUAGCAAAAACUAAAGAUGUGGAAAUCUUGCAUCUGAGGAAUGAACUGAGGGAUAUGCGUGCUCAGCUGGGGCUUAACGAAGAUCAACUUGAAGGUGAUGAAAAAUCUGAAGAAAAAGAGGCCAUUGUUGUCCAUCAGCCAACUGAUGUAGAGUCUACGUUGCUACAGUUACAGGAACAAAACACUGCCAUCCGAGAAGAGCUCAACCAGCUGAAGAAUGAGAAUCGAAUGUUAAAAGACAGACUAAAUGCGUUGGGCUUUUCUUUGGAACAAAGGCUGGACAACUCUGAAAAACUCUUUGGCUAUCAGUCUUUGAGUCCAGAGAUUACAGCUGGCAACCACAGUGAUGGUGGUGGUACUCUGACAUCUUCAGUGGAAGGUUCUGCUCCUGGAUCCAUGGAAGACUUGUUGAGUCAGGAUGAAAAUACUUUGAUGGACAACCAACAUAGUAAUUCCAUGGAUAAUUUAGACAGUGAGUGCAGUGAAGUUUAUCAGCCACUGACAUCAAGCGAUGAUGCCUUAGAUGCUCCAUCAUCAUCGGAGUCUGAAGGAGUACCAAGUAUAGAGAGAUCUAGGAAGGGAAGCAGUGGCAAUGCAAGUGAAGUCUCCGUAGCUUGUCUGACAGAACGGAUACAUCAGAUGGAAGAGAAUCAACAUAGUACAGCUGAAGAACUCCAAGCUACACUUCAAGAGCUUGCAGAUUUACAACAAAUAACACAAGAGCUAAACAGUGAGAAUGAAAGACUUGGAGAGGAAAAAGUAAUCCUCAUGGAAUCUUUGUGCCAGCAAAGUGACAAAUUGGAACACUUCAGCCGUCAGAUUGAGUAUUUUCGGUCCCUUUUAGAUGAACAUCAUAUUUCAUAUGUAAUUGAUGAAGAUAUGAAAAGUGGUCGCUACAUGGAAUUAGAGCAACGUUAUAUGGACCUUGCAGAGAAUGCUCGAUUUGAGCGAGAGCAGCUGCUAGGUGUUCAGCAGCACUUGAGCAACACUUUAAAGAUGGCAGAGCAAGACAACAAGGAGGCCCAAGAAAUGAUAGGGGCAUUAAAAGAACGAAAUCACCACAUGGAACGGAUUAUUGAGUCAGAGCAGAAAAGCAAAACAGCGAUAGCAUCUACCUUAGAGGAGUACAAAGCCACAGUAGCCAGUGACCAGAUUGAGAUGAACAGGCUGAAAGCUCAGUUAGAGCACGAAAAGCAGAAAGUGGCUGAGUUGUAUUCUAUACACAACUCUGGAGAUAAAUCAGAUAUACAAGAUUUGCUGGAGAGUGUCAGGCUGGAUAAAGAAAAAGCAGAGACCUUGGCCAGUAGUCUGCAAGAAGAGCUGGCACACACUCGCAAUGAUGCCAAUCGAUUGCAAGAUGCCAUUGCUAAGGUUGAAGAUGAAUAUAGAGUGUUCCAAGAAGAAGCCAAGAAACAAAUUGAGGAUCUCAAUGUGACUCUAGAAAAACUUCGGACAGAACUAGAUGAAAAAGAGACUGAGAGAAGUGACAUGAAAGAAACUAUCUUUGAGUUGGAGGAUGAAGUAGAGCAGCAUCGUGCUGUGAAGCUUCAUGACAAUCUCAUCAUAUCUGAUUUGGAGAAUACGGUUAAAAAACUUCAGGACCAAAAGCAUGACAUGGAAAGAGAGAUAAAGAACCUUCACAGGAGACUCCGGGAGGAGUCAGCAGAAUGGCGUCAGUUCCAAGCUGAUCUACAGACUGCAGUGGUUAUAGCAAAUGAUAUAAAGUCUGAGGCCCAGGAAGAGAUAGGAGACCUGAAGCGUAGAUUACAUGAAGCUCAGGAGAAAAAUGAGAAGCUUACUAAAGAAUUGGAGGAAAUAAAGUCACGCAAGCAGGAAGAAGAACGUGGUCGAGUAUACAAUUACAUGAAUGCUGUAGAGAGAGAUUUGGCAGCUCUAAGACAAGGAAUGGGCCUGAGUCGCAGAUCAUCCACCUCCUCAGAGCCAACUCCUACUGUAAAAACACUCAUCAAGUCAUUUGACAGUGCCUCUCAAGUUCCAAGCCCUGCUGCUGCCACAAUUCCUCGCACUCCCCUGAGCCCAAGUCCCAUGAAAACUCCCCCGGCUGCUGCUGUAUCCCCUAUGCAGAGGCAUUCUAUAAGUGGACCAAUCUCAGCUUCAAAACCCCUUGCUACGCUGACAGACAAAAGACCAAGCUAUGCUGAAAUCCCUGUUCAAGAACAUUUGUUGAGAACAUCUUCUACCAGCAGGCCAGCGUCUUUGCCAAGAGUACCCGCUAUGGAAAGUGCCAAAUCUAUUUCUGUCUCUCGAAGAAGUAGUGAAGAAAUCAAACGGGAUAUCAGUGCACCUGAUGGAGCAUCUCCAGCAUCGCUCAUGGCAAUGGGUACCACCUCACCACAGCUGUCACUCUCAUCUUCUCCUACAGCAUCAGUCACCCCUACAACCAGAAGUCGAAUAAGGGAAGAGAGGAAAGAUCCCUUGUCUGCCCUAGCAAGAGAAUAUGGAGGAUCCAAGAGAAAUGCCUUGCUGAAGUGGUGCCAGAAAAAAACAGAAGGCUAUCAGAAUAUCGACAUAACAAACUUCAGCAGUAGCUGGAACGAUGGCUUGGCUUUCUGUGCAGUCCUCCAUACCUACCUCCCAGCCCAUAUUCCCUAUCAAGAGCUAAAUAGCCAGGACAAGAGAAGAAAUUUCACUUUGGCUUUUCAGGCAGCUGAAAGCGUUGGUAUCAAAUCUACUCUGGACAUCAAUGAAAUGGUGCGAACUGAGCGUCCAGACUGGCAGAAUGUCAUGCUGUAUGUUACAGCAAUUUACAAAUACUUUGAAACCUGAAACCCUAAUAAUUCAACAGGUCCAUGGGAUAGAACAAACAUCAGCUACGAGAUGGAAAUCUUACUGAAAUGCUAAUCCCCAUUUCACUGAAAACUGGCAACAUUUGAGUCCCCUCAAACUUCAGUGACACUACCCUGGAUUGCCUCAGAUUGCUUCAGCUACUAAGCCUGGAAACAACUGCUUAAAAGCACGAACUUGUUGCUGCAGUGCUUGGAAUAACCCAAGUUAUUAAGCUAUUCAGAUUAAUUAUGUAGCCUAAAGAGCCUGGACUACUCAUGUGUUGCCUUUCCAGCCAGACUUCCUGAAGCUUUCUCUUCUAGGAGAGUGACAUGAAUGGAUCCUCUAGCAUAUAGGAGGCUGAAUGUACAGCUAAAGCUUUGAGAAGGAAAAGGAUAACAUGGCAUCGUAUUAACUGAACUUUCUGUAGCAUCCUGAUACCACAGAAUCUGAAUAUUCUACCCACAGCAUACGACACCCCGAUACAGUAGAGUUCUUAAUGGUAAUUUAGUUACUGCCUUUACAGCUAUUUUCCCUCCUUAAAAAUAUGCACAAUAUUCUAGGAACACAAGCUUUUAUUCCAUAACAACAAAUUAAGUGGAAAAGUGCUCUCAAUACCUCAAAAUUUGGCACAGAAGAACUCUUCAUUCUAAAGCUUCAUUAUAAGCCUACCUCCGUCACAGUGAUGUGGCUUCCAACUUUAUCUUACAGAUUGUAAAGACUAGCACGUACAGCUCCUGGUUUUCAGGAGUACGCUGUACUUCAAGGAAUCUGUCCAAACUCCCUGUGCUUCCAUUAUAACAGAAAUUAAUCAAUAGUCAACCUUUGUACAAUUUGUUCUUUCCCCUCUUCCUCCUUUGCCUGUAUAGCACGCACAGCUACCCCAGGCUUUACUCUACAGCAAUACGAGCGUACAUCAUGGAUUUCUGUGGUAGAAUUUUGGAACUGGGAUAGCGUUGCCUCUGCAGAGAAGAUAUUUUCAAUAAGAUGUAAUAAUGAAAUAGCUUGUCUCAAAAUCCAGCUUUGCCAUGUUUUCUGUGUGGUUUUCAUUGAUCUUGCACAUCCUCAUCUGACUGACAGAAGGUGAGCCGUUCUCUGACAAGAACUAUAGAGGAACUGAUGUAAUGCGUAUACACCCAGUAGUCUUGAAUAUUGCGUGGAAAUGACGCGCUGUCACAAGGAAGGAAUUGAGAAACUUGAGUCUGCUCAACUUCUGGUUUCCUAAAAUGUACCUGAAUUCAUGUAACAGCUCUUGGGCAAAAGAGUUCAAGUAAGUGCCUUAGCGAUCAUUGAAUUGAUACAUCCUGGCACUUCAGGGCCUCGUGCAGAAUGUUAAUGGCUCAGAACGAUUUCAUAUAUCCAUUUGUCAUAAGCUGUUUGUUGUAAUCUUGUUUGUCAAAUCGAGGGAAGACUUCACUCGUAUCAUUGCUUCUGCCUCUUCUUUUUCUGAAUACUUAUCAGCAGUUAAGCCACAGUUGAACAUCUUUCAUUAAUAUUAAGCAGAAGCCUACUUUAGAAUUGAGUUCUGUAACAACUGCUAUUUAUAAGCACAUGCUCUUUCAACUCAGUAACCCUGUUAUAAAGAAAAUGAAUCUGCCAUUCUUAUGGUGCUCUUAUGACUGUUACGGACAGUUUGAAUGUCAUAGAUGUUAACCCAGUGAAUGCAGCUGUGCUGGCAUCUGUGAAACUUCAUCAUGGUAUAAAAGCACAGAUUUAACUCAAAAUUGUUGCCAAAUCUGAAAACCUGUCAUCUGAAGAAUGUAGCCCAUGUGAAGAGUAAUAAUUCAGCAUGUCUCUAGCAGCUAGCAUUAUGUAAAAAUACACACUUACACUGAUCCGUGCCUGUGAGAAUUGCAAAAAUUUGCAAAAUAAUUACUUAAUCUAUGAUGAGGGCCUUUGGAAAAGUUUUCAGAGCAGCAGUGUCUCAUACAUUCGUACAGUUCUUUAGAACCCUAAAAGUAGCUAGAUACCCUCACAUUGUUAAUCGGUGCAUUUGAAGAGCCAACGUAAUCUAAAGACUAUCGUUGCAAGACAGGCUUCAGUUGACAAAUCUUCACAAACAGAUUUUAGUAUGAGUCUGAAAUAUAAUUUCCUCUCCCAUAUAUUGCUUAGAAAAUUUUUGUUUACUUCAUUUCUUCAAAUAAGUUUCAGUAAGAAUAGUCCUAUUAGAAAUACACGUUAUUGCUGACUCACAUUCCAUCUCUUACUACUAAAUUCCAGGUUUUGCCAAUUUCUGUUUAAAAAAAAAAUCUUCUAUUCAUCCUCUGAACAGAAAUCGUUAGCUAUGAUUGUCUAAUUCAUUGCCUUAGAUUUUAAGAAAAUAUUUUUCUAAUUAAAAGGAUAGCAUUUCUUGGUCUAAAUCCACUCAUGACCUGUUUUGUUCAGGUAAUUUGAGCUUUAGGCUGAUUUUUUUCUGUCCAAUGGUCAACUUCAUUUACCUGAAAUGUUAUAUGAGUCCUUAACUGACAUAAUGCCAAUAGUAUAACCAUUUGUAAAAGGGGAAAUCACAUUUUCCAGAUCCUUUCUGUUAAAAAGAUGAAGUUCCAGUCUUCAGAGAGAGAGAAAAGUUAUUAGUAAUUAUAAAAAUGAUCUUGUUUUGAACUUCAGAGCUCUGUAAACUUCUUAGUGCGAUCUGUCUGAUAAACCUCUGCUGAAUUCAUAUCUGUAAAGGAAUAUUGGGCUCCAGGAAGAGGUGUUUUAUAAUUAGCCUUUACAUAUAAGAUGCUGCACAGCUGUCCAAGUGGAAGUAAUGAAGCAAUGGAAUAUCUAAACCAAUGCCCUGCUGCAGUCUACAACAUAUUUCUGAAGGUUCAAACAGCAUUAAAUUUUUCAAGAGGAAAAAUACCUUCUGGACAUGGAUGAUAAUGUUCUGUUUGGUUCCUACUCACAGUUAAUCCUGAAACAGCCUGGGGUUUUGUACCGAUGAAGUGCAAGUUUAUGCUGACUUACUUUCCUUUCUUUUUAAUCCAGCAAAUAUUUCUGAAUGUACUAAAAAAGGACAAAUAUUUUAUCAUCCAUUUACAUUAUUGCAUUUUAAUAUGUGCCUUGCAAAUACCUGUGCUGUGGUAUAUAUAUAUGGGUUACUCAUUGCCAGUCAUAGGGGUUGGGUGGACAACAGCUGUAUCAUCUUCUGGAUCCUGUUUACUGAAACACUUCCAUAAAUUAGAGACACCGGUUUAGAGCCAGAUGUGUAUUUGGUUUGGCUAGUUGUUAUCCUUAUGCAAGAUCAUCAGCGAUGAACUGAAUGAACAGUUGUGGGGUUUUCUUUACCAAAAAAGAAGGGAUGGGAGGAAAAGUUUAAUUUUGGUUAUUCAGGAAAAUUCUGAAAGAGAAAUUUUGAUACGGAGUAUCUAACCAUAACAGAACUGAGGUGACUUCAGAGUGGAUUACACUUCACUUGGUUUUCAGUUGGUUUUGUCUGAGCCAGUUUGAUUUGGUUGUGUUGUAUAUUUAAAUAGAAACACGAAUUUAGUAACUCUGGUAUGAAUCUCAGUGGGUCUCACAAAGAUCUCUUGUUCUCGUGCCUCUGAAAGAAUGUGAGUGAAAUUUUCCUUUUUAAAUUUGUGUUUGUGGAUAGGUUAUCCAGAAUAUAGUAUUUAAUUGCAGCAUAUUCUGAUGUAAAGGUAAAUUUUUGUCUCUUUUGCAUAAAAUGUAUUCCUUGAGUUAUAUGUAGCAUUUCUGAUAAUAUUUUGUUUCCAGUUUUAUAAAAUGUUUCCACUGUUUCUGUUUUUCCUAUAAAGUCCAUCAUCGUGCUUUAGGGGCCCCUUAAUUUGCCAGAGCUAAAUGAACUCAGCUUUGAUGUAUUGGUGUAAACUCAUACUAAGAUCACUGGCAGCAGUCAUACUCUGGUUUUACAUGCAUAAGGGGAAAUAAAUUUGUCCGUUGCUCUAAUGAUGCAGUACAGUGGUUUAAACUGCUGAGGAUCUGCCUUAAGAAUUUUGUAGCUGUGACAAAAAAAUUCUCGUUGGCAUCUUACUUCUGUUAAUGAUCUCAAAGUUAAGUUCUUAUCUAUUUUUUCAGUUCCCUGAUUCAGCACUUCAGGCAUUUGGAUUCUGUUGCAUCUUUUGCGUUACAAAAAAAAAAAUUACUUUUACUUAGUUCUGUCUCCUUCUGUACAGUUUUGGCCCGGAGUACAAAUUUUAUUACAGCUUACUUUUGAACACAAUUAUUUGGGAAGUUGGAGAUAUGGAGAAAUUCUGGGUGCUUUUCUUAUUUUCUGUGUCCUGCUUAUCAUUGUUUUGGGAACGCUGUCUGUUUUUCAGGUGAUAUGUGACAAUACCUUCCAAAGCUGCCUCCUCUGGAUGGCUGGCGUGAAGCUAUGCAUUGGCUAAAGUUAAGCCAUUAAAACUGUGUUCAUGUGACGCGUGGUGACUUUACUUCUUACUUGGCUCUUGCAACUAAUACAGUCACAGCUUAACUGCAGGCUGCAUCGAGCAGGAGCUAUCAAGGGGCAGAAUUCUUCUGGGAAAGAAUCCAGUUGUACACCUUUACACUAUUUUUUGCCUAUUGUGAAUAACACUCUUGCUGAGGUGGCCUAAGAAAGAGGAUUUUAAAAUAGUACUGUUCAUGUACAGACUGAUUUAACUAUAUAGUUUGUUUGUGGUCCUUCCUUUGACUUGGUAAAUAUUUAUUUCUGUUUUAUUUUUAUGUUCUGCCAAGCUCUAUUUCUGCAGUUCCUUUCUUUAAGCUAGCAUUAGUGUAUGAAUACUCAGUAAUACUAACCAGUUUGAGAAAUGAUUUGGUGAAAAGUGGUAUUAAAGUGUAGUUGUCGUCCACGAGUUCCAGACGUGCCACUGUGCUUUCCCAGGUUAGUGUGUGUUGAUUGGCAAAACAUGUUAGAGCUGCUUAACUCUCCCACGACUCCCUUAUCUCCCAUAACAGCCUACAUCACUCCAGGGUGUCCAUCAGGUGUUCUUGUCCCCCAAUUAUCAACUCCUUAAAUGAGUUAAGGGUUCGCGGACAUCCCUUAAUAUAUUUAAUUGUCCCUAUUUAGAAAGGUAUCUCUAAUAGUGUUUCUGCUUUCACAGGAGAGUAGCUGGAUGGCUUUUAAAUUACUGUCUCCCUUGCUGAGCAUUCCCAGUCCUUCAUUCAUCGAAGUUUUUUCUGUUGUAUUCCCUAUGAUUUCAGUAUCAGUGUUGCAGUAUGCUUUGUAAAUGUCAAAGCCAAGAUGUUAAGCAUCUGGAAUAUCUAGCAAGUAUGCUUUUGAUAAUUAAUGCUAAAUAACUUAAAAGAUCAAGGUUUGUACAGUUCUGAUUUCUGUUAGAGCGUUGAUACGAGUGUCUCUUUUCCUUACGUAUUUGCGCUUGCCAGGUUUUGGGGUGCAACACCCUUGAACUCAGUUUGACAAGGCCACUAUCCUAGCCUCCAUAAAUUAAUUCCUUCUGUGAUAAUAGGAUUAUUUCCUCACACUGAAACUUCAGUAAAACCUAAGAAUACCAGAUGACUUCCUUCCAACUGACAUCUAUUACUUGGAAUAUUCCUUACCCUUAGGCCACUGUCUGCUACAGAGUUGCACAUAAAGUUCCCAUCAGUUCCAGCAGGACUUGUGGAUGCAAAACGGUAGGGUAAACUUCUGGCAGAAUAUUAUGGCAGCCUGAUGCAAUUAAGCUGGUCUCAUUUUAAUCCCCUAUUUUCAGGGGGUUUCAGUUUAGCCAAAAUCACUUACUUAGAGCUGACAUGUGGCACGUUUGUUCUCCACUGGGAAGUAUGCUUCUGUUUAAUAAUAUUUUUAUGAGAUUGUAUUUAUGGAAACUGAAAGAAAAAUGUCAUGAAGCUAGUUUUGUUGCACUUUUCUAAGGCUUUUGUAUUUUGCAUAGAGUUCUAGGAUAUGAACAAGUUGUUUGGGGAAGUCAAGGCAUAAAACUUACUGUGCCCCAACAUAGUAACAUACUGUGUGCAUUUUCAUUCUAGUGAUAUAUGUAUUACUUUAAUGGCAUGUAACUCGUGUAUUUAUAUGGUAGUUAGGAAGCCCAGCGGACAUUUCCUGCUGCAGAGGAGCCAUUGGCAGUCCUGGUUCCACGGUUCAUGAACUGACCUGUUUUGACAGUAGACUGCAUUUGCAAUAACGGAAUAGUCAAUUUGUAUUUCUGAACUCUUAUUUCAACAAAUGGAGAGAAAGAUGCUCUCUUUUUUUUUCUUUUUUUUUUUUCUUUUGUCCCAUUGUUGAAAUUUCUCUGGGGGCUUUUACUGGUUUCCAAUUAUUGCGUACAUUCAAUUACACAACUAAAUGUAACAUCCUCAAGUAAUUAAUCCUUGUAACUUACAACAUUUCAGUUUGUUAGAAACUUGGUUUUGCGUAUAUUGUAAGGUCAAUUUUACUAUUUCUAAGUAGCACUUUUAUACGUUAUCUGAAGGGGUUUUUUGAACAGAAGUGGUUUUUUCUGUAUGUUAUCUAAUGGAAAGAAAGUAUAACACUACUAAACAAAGCAUAGACUAGUUAGUCUUCAGACUGUAAGUUUACUUUAGGUCAGUAAUGAUCAAGAGUUGUUCAAUGUGUAUGAAAUAAAUCAGUGAUCCCGUUUCAUAUUGGACAACUCUCCAGAUCAAAGUCAGAAGGGCAUUAAUUGGUACCCUCCAACUCUUGGAUGAGGGUACUGUCAGUUCAGGUGUGAGGCAGAAUUGACAGAACAGCGUGAUGAAUUUUGGACUUCAUGCAAGAACAGAAUUUUAUUGAUGUCUCAGUCUAACUUCACAGCACUGUAUUGGAUAAGGACUAACCUUGUUUGUGAUGACACUGCAGCCAGUACUAAUAUCUCCUAAAUAGCUAAUUUAAAGCUUAUUUUCCAUGGCCUUUAAAGAUGACGUAAGAAACACUGAUUCUUAAAAGCUCUUCUCAUCCAUCUAGCUUUUCUGAUUUGUAUUGGUUUUAUACUCCCUUGAAACACAACUGUUUGUUAGACUGACCUAAUAGGGCAUGUAUGGUUUAGUAAUUCUUCUUGUAGACAACAAGCACUUUUCUCUUUUCCAGAACCCUUUCAAAUGGGUUACAGGCACACAUUGACAUAUAUAGACAUUUUACAUUUAUAGAGAGGCUUUACAGAAAUGUACGUAUACAUACACACAUAUGUACAUGUGUGUAUACAUAUAUGUACAAGUGCAAGUUCUUAAUAAAAAAACGUUUCAGGAAGUGCUUGAGUCUUGAAUACUUAGAGUGGUGUAUUAGCGUAUACAUUUAAAAGGUAAGGAAGAAAAAAAUAUUUUGUUUGUUUCUGGUUAGAGCUGAGAAAUACAGGUUUGAGGAAAAUUUGGAAGUAUGUUCAAAUUGUAUUUCACCCUGUUUCUGGUUUGAAAGGCACAAGCUGUUAAUCAUUGGAACUUAAAAUGUCAGCAAGCGUAUUUUAAGCUAAAUCUUUUGGAGGACCAAUAUGCUUUUAGUUUGCAAGGACCAUUAAAGAUCUGGGCAUUUACUUUCUCCAUAAUGUAUUCUGUACGAGUAUGUAGUAUGUAUGCCUUCAAUUUGCCGAUGUUGCCAUGUUUUCUUCUUAAUUAU